AUGGAGAUUCUUACGACUCAAUCAGAUCUGAAACCGCAGGUUUUGGGGGACAUCUACCUUGGAUACUUCGUGCCGAGUGUGCUCUGCGGCCGUUCCGAUGCGUUCAGGCGCGACAUAACAUCGUUCAUAUCGGAGUGGAUCUCGGGUGCACUUGUGUCGGACCUGGGAAGUUUUUUGGAGAUACAUCCCGACUUUGGGCUAUAUUCCAUCGGCGACCUGUUCCGCGAGCGCCAUUUGUCCAAGCUGUUAGUUGUCUCCCCGAAAGAGUCGGUGUCUGACGUGUGGGAGAUUCUUUGGGGCAUAUGGGCCGACGUGUUGAAGAGCAUCUCGUCUGAUCGUUACGACGCCGUUUCGCUCUUGUACGGCGUGGCGUGCAUCUAUGUGAUGUUCUACUUGUACCACUGUCAGACAGGCCCCGAGAUUUUGCCGAUACCCCUUGCCAUCGGUGAGUCAACCUUGCUUGUUGCAUAUAACGCUGCAGACACUAUAUCCAUUUGUUUGGACGUCUGCACGGUGUCAUUAUCGCGUUUCCGCAUCUGCACAGUUUCGGACGUUUUUGACCUGCUGUUUCGCCGUCACUGCAUCCGUGUGUGCCUCCACGACGGCCUCCAGUACAUUCCGCAGGACCGCGUGGGGCGGCCGCUUGGUUGUUCAAGAAAGUUAUAG